ACCGCCGAGAAAGAAGGUAGGGUUUGUACAGCGAGGCUUAAGUUGAGUUUACAUAUAAGGUUUGAGAGACGCGACCAAUUUAUUAGUGAAAGUGACAUCGCAGGACAUCACUGGCUGGACAAGAUGAGUCUUUGAGAUCCUUGCAGCUCGAUGGAGUUCGGAUUCUCCUGGUAUGAAGAAUUCCAUUGAGAUUGGAGCUGCCAUUCGAUGAAGAGUUCGACAGUCUUCUAGAAAGAGUUUGAAACUCUUGUGCGAUGUUACAUAGCGCCUUGCCAAGGGCGUUCCUCGCCCCAGGACUCAGCUACCUUGGAGGUUACUACAGUGAGGAUGUUCAUCCUUACACUGCUGCUUCUACGUAUAUCCCCAUUGAAGAUCCUUACGCAAGAGCUGCCGAGACUCACGUGUUUCCCUCGUGGCAGCCACAUCGUUCGGCGACACCAUGUCCUCUGGACUUGUCACUGAAACCACCGCCUGCAUCAAGCACCCCGAAGACUGAAGAGAGUCUGGGCGAGGCCAUAGAGGUGGACGAUGAUGAGGAUCGUAGAAGUAGAGACGAAGUGCAGGGACGACUCGAGAAUCCGAGAUAUAUUCAUGACAACGAUGACGUGUCGCCAGGAAAUGAGGUUGUCGGCUUACAUCACAGAUCCGUACAUCAUAUCUAUGAUCAGCUGCUGCUCCAAAAGGAUCAGAGACACACCAUCCUCGAGGACCACGAAGAGAAAUCUAAAAUACAUCAGGAUAACACCAGAUUGCAAGAAAGCCCAUUGUCUUAUGCGAGUACGGAGAUACCCCAGAUGAACUCGCUCAAAUAUAAUCUUACCGGACAAAAGAUGCCGAUGACCAGUCCCACGCGUCUGCAGUCUAUGCAGAAUUACCAUCAACAGCUACUUCUGACUCCUCAGCAGCAUCUUCAAGGUAUUCACGCUCCGAUGACACCACCCAGCACUCCUUCGCCACCUCAAUGUCCUCGAAGACGCGCACGAGAAGAAGAAGUCGUCUCGCCGUCGACCACUCCUAAACAAGCAAUAGCAGUAGAGAAGCCAGCGCAACGUCCGAAGAAGAAACACGCCAGGAGAUUGAAGUUCGACGAAGAUACCAGCAGUCCCGUUUCCGGAACCGUGAUCCUUGGUCCGGACGAAGCUGUGGUAACCGGAGACAUCGAUCCUGCGUUCAACAUCGUUGAGGUCACCGAGGAGGCUCGUGCGGAGCUUGCAAAGAUAGAGAAUCGUCUGGGUCCAUACCAGUGCAAGCUCUGUAGACAACUUCACGAAGAUGCUUUCCAACUGGCGCAGCAUCGUUGCUCCAGGAUCGCCCACGUAGAGUACCGCUGUCCCGAGUGCGACAAGAGAUUCUCCUGUCCAGCUAAUCUAGCGUCCCACAGAAGAUGGCACAAGCCCAGGCUGCCCAAUGGGGAGAAUGGCAAUGGUAGUCCUGCAACAGAAAUCUCCUGCUCGAGGUGCGAUGCUAAGUUCACUAGGCAGGCCGCACUCAGGAAGCACAUGUCCAGCCAGCAUCUUGAAAACAAUUGCAGCAGCGCUCUCAGCCCUCAGGAACACUCUAGCGCCUCGCCCAAACUAUCUGGUGCAUCGAAUGCAGUUCCACUUGCAGCCACUCCACUGCAAACCGAAGUCCCCUGACACCAAUUUCCUGCCAGACCGUUGCCUAGAAGACCAGGCCUCUACUGGAGAUUUGGGCUUGACCUUAUGUAACCUUUCGACCCCUGGAUGGCUUUCAGUAAUCGUGAGUGCACAAUCAAAAUUCUAUACUCGAGGAGAUGUCCUUGACAGCGUCGGGGUCCUGAAGAAGAAAUGGUCGUUUUUCAUUAAUUAAAAAUUAACAAUUUUAACAUAAUCGUGCAAACUCAGCUAACUUGAUUCUCAAAAGCUUCACAAUUCACUCCAUUCUAGUCUGAAAGCUCUAAGUCAUUUAUCUAAUAUCAAUGAGACAGCUAUUUGCCAAAGUAAGAUAGAGAAGUUACAAUGUAGCAAACACACGAGGAGGUUAUGAAUUGUCAUGUAAAAUUUUUGUACAAUUGUGAAUGGGAAUGUCUAUCGCGUGGACGGUAGAUUUUCGUGUAAUGUAUAGUAUGUGUAGAUAGGCAUUGCGGUAGGUCAGUGUUCCAUGUAGAUAUCAAUGUGUAGAGGAAAGCAUAACGAAAUUUCUAUCGAUAAAAGAGCGACAAAUUGUGUGUGUCGCGUGUCGGGAGCUCCUGCGAAUAAUCUAGUCUGCAUAAUUAAUUAAUAAGUUAGAAUUAGAUUACGUCAUCUCCGUCUUUCUUUCUUUUUAUCUAUCCUUUGGGAAUUUUAGUCUCACGACCGCAAUCGAUCUUGCAUGAUCGUUGCCAUACAGCUGUAAUAUCAAAGAUAGUUAAGUGAAUCCAAAUGUCCUCUAGUCAUAGAAAUUGCCACUAUUCUAGUCACUGAUAUCAAAUCAAUUAUAUGAUUAUAGUUGUCGCACGCAGAGUGGAUUUCCGUUUAUGAAAAUAGUAUUAAUUAAUUUUAUGCGUAUGGAUUAAGUAAAAAGAGAAUUUACAAUGUUUCAAUGAUCUCUAGUCAAAUGCAUUCACGAAUCUAGUCAGGAUCAAAGAUAUAGUCUGUAAUUAAUUGUAUAGGAUUCUGGAUAAUGAGUCUGUGGAAAUUUAUCAGUCUAGUCAUUAUGAUAUCAAAUGAAUGGAAAUUUAAGUUAUUACAGUUUGCUAAAUGAUUUUCAUGACUUCUAGUCGAAAGAGUAUAAUUUGUAGUUGCGACUGCCAUUGAAUCUUUUUUUUAUCUCUUAGGCAAUUUAUAUCUAGUCGAAUUACAUUUAUUUGUAGAUUUCUUUAUACUGGAGUGCAAUUUUUCUUUGCGGUUAUGUUUUAUUUUUGCAUUAUUCUUCAUUCUAUUUGUUUAGAAUGAAAGAGUAUCGUCUAGUCCAAAGAAUAGAUUAUAAGUCAUUAAGCUCGGUCAGUCAUUAGUUAAGAUUUAAUACAAAAACAGAUUGUUAUUGUAUGAAGAUAUAUCUAGUCAAUGGUACAUUCUAGUCACUGAUUAUACAAGUCUUCUGACGUCAUGAGAUGAACAAAAAUUCGUGUGCUUAAGAAGUUUGGUUUUCUAAACUUUUUCAAUAGCAAACGUAGAUUUGUCUAUUUUUUGAAAAAGUCAGAGGACAUUAAGUAAGAGUCAAGGGAAUCUAGUCAAGAAUAUAAAAAUACACUGAAAAAGUUGAAGUGAUCUGCAAACGAAUUACAAGAAAUCUAUUAUAGAAAGUAAAAAAACAUUAAGGUAUUUAAAAGUAUGAUUAGAGCAAGGAAGAGAUUUCUAGUCGAGUAAUUAUUUUAUCAAAGAAUUAAUCUAGUCAGCAAAAAAUUUAUCGAGUGGGACUUCGGGAAGAAUGCAAUUUUAUUUUAAGAUUUACUAUUUUUUAUUCAAUUAUUAAACUAACGCAAAGCAUUCUCCUGCUACUGAUAAAGAACCUAAUUAAAACAAAGCAAUAGUCUCCUUUCUGUAUUUUCAUUUUUAGAAGUCAUUUUUAAUUUAGUUCAAUUAUAAUCUACCUAUAAUAAUAAUAUCAGUCCAAAAUGGCAUUAAUCUCUAUGAUAGUUAAUAACUACAUCGUUAAGGUACUAUAAAGAUCAUAAUGCGUAUAUAAUAUACUGACCUACCGAUUACGUAGCCAUAAUUAACUUUAAUCUAUUUAGUGUACAUGCAAUGGUCAAGAAGCUUAUCACCUUUCUAAAAUUUGACAAUUCUUUUGAUGAAUUUAAAAAAAAUCUUUAUCGUCCAUGUACGUGAUGAGCAAUAAAAGGGAAGCUAUCGACCUGCAAUCAGUAUUAAGCAUAAUUAUUGUAUAUGUAAUUGUGAAUAAACACUAAGUACACUUAGAUAUUAAAUUUGGUUUAAUUUCAUGCAGACUAUAAGUUAGAAUCGAAUUUAGCACAGAUCUAUGUACAUAUAUAUAUGCUAGCCGUAUAUAUAAUUCUAUGUAUAAAUGUACCAUAUAGGUCAUAAUUUUCUAUGUACUAAGGCUUUAUUUCGAAAUUUAAGAUUAUCACUGAUUGUACGAUUGGUUAAGAAUUAAUUGAAAAAUUCAGUCCUUUAAGCACUUGCUGUUCAUAUCUGUACAUAAAUGUUUGAUUACUCAAAUACACGUAUCUCGACAAUGAAGCUGUAUUAUUUAUCUUGAAUGAUCCUAUCCCCUUUGAUAGAAAAUUAAAAGUGCUCAGAAAAGAAAGUACUUGGGGGUUCUUAUGUGAAGGUGAAAGGGAAUCACGAUGAGCAACCACCUUACAUAUAAAACCCAGCAAGUACCUAACUACGUUCAGCUUAUUUAAGUAUCGUGAAGACUGAUUCCAUGGUGCAUUGUCCAGGGAUGAUGCCAUCCCAUAUUACUUCUGUGUCACCAUAAUGCCCCCAUGGAACCCAUAGAUGGGGGAUUGCUAGCCCUGUAAUCUUCGCGAAACCUUUGUGCCACAUGGAU